AUGAAUGAGAUCUUCAACUCGGAUGAUGAUGUGAUGUUCAGCGUGAGAGAGGAGGGGAAUGUCCUUCCUAAAAGAUCAAUUAUGGUGAACAAUGCAAAGAUCGACACCCUUGUUGAUUCGGGAUCGUCAGUAGACAUCAUUGAUGAGCGUACUUUUAGCUGGAUGAGAGGCCGGUGCUCACCACUCCGGUUGACCCCCAGUCGCAUGAGAUUAUACGCGUAUGGAAGUCGCAGCCCACUUCCGCUCCUAGGACAAUUCUUAGCUAAAGUGUCGACAGCAUCAUCGUCGACCACGACUCGAUUUGUGGUAGUGCGAGGCAACAGCGGAUGCGCACUCAGUCGGAAGACAUCAACAGAGCUCGGACUGAUAUGCUUAGCGGGAGGUGCUCAGACACAGGAGCAGCACGUUGAUAAGGGGGGAUGA